AUGUCGUCCACGGCAUCCACCACACACGCAUCGUCUGGAGGCAACGGCACCAAUUCCAGUGCCGAAGCGGUACAGGAAGGAAGGACCGCAGUCGCGUCCAUGCAGCGCUCCAUGAGGGCUACGCAAGACACGCUUGCCGCGCUCGUCGCCGUUGUCCAGACUCUCACGACCACGACGACCACCGAGAUGCAGGAGCUCAAGGCCGAGGUGCGCGCCAUGGGUAGUACGCUCGCGGCCCACACCAAGUCAAUGGCGACCAAGGACGAGGUGAAGGCGUUACUCAACGGCCUGGCCACUACCAACGAAGUGAGGGAGAUUCAAGACGAGGUCAAGACGCUAUCCUCCAAGACGUCGGAGCGCCAGAAACGUUCCAGGGACAUGGCCAGCACGGUUGUGGAAGCGACCAACGACACGGCGAAACACCUCAAGUCGAUCAUCGCCAAAUUCGAGGCUGUCGAAGCUACGCUCGAUUCGCACCACGAGCUCCUGGCCAGCAUCAAAGCCCUCCCCCCGCCUAUUCCCCUCAAUGGCGCUCAGAUUCGCGAUGCCGCCUUGGCCAGAACCGAGAGCAAGGCCGGUGCGAUUCCAAGUGACCUCGAAAAGAGCCUGCGUGACUUGAAGUCGAGUAUUGGCAAGCUUCCUUCCUAUCAGGAAGUCAAGGACGCCGUCAACUCGGGCAACAAGGAUACCCUCAAGGAGAUCAAGAACGUGGGAUUCCAAGCGUCGUCUCAUGAGAACUCGCUCAAAAAGGUCGUCAACCUUGCCCACGACAUCAAGUCCAGGCUGUGCGUGGCUCCCCCGCCUGGCUUCGGCAGUCAGACCUCCAUCUCUUCGUCUGUCCCGAGCAUCGCCCCGACUCCACGCAGCAAGUCGCCCGUCCAGCUCCAUGACAAGCACGUCCAAACCAUCUCCAACUUGUCUGACAACGUCGAUAACAUGGAGAAGAUGCUGUUCGCCAUGGACGCGAAACUCGACCGUCUGGAGGCGCAGGACAUUGCCCGCCAGGCUGAGGCCGCCGAGGCCGCCGUCCCCAGGGAGACUUGGUCCCAAGGCAAGAUCUUCAAGCACGGCGGAGGCGGUGACUAUGAACGUUCCAACCAAGCCCUCGUUCAGCUCAAGCAAACUUCGGAUGAGAUGCGUACCAUGAGGUCGAGGAUCGAUGUUUUGGAGAACUCGCAAGAUGCCAUUCGCCAAGUUGGGCUCAUCGAGGCGCACACGAGGGAGACUCAAGAGGUCGUCGAUAACCUCUGGCAGCUGCUAAGCGUUACCGAGGAGUGCCGCCGCAUUCGCUACCGCCACCUCCUCAACAUCCCUCUCGCCACUGCCGCCGUGGGCGCUGGUUCGGACUUUAUCCCUAACCUUCAACUCCAGUUGCCCCGUUUCAGCAACGAGUCCCAGUUCAUGGCCCUCACGUUCUCACAGCUCAUGGUCUGGGCGCGUCUCAUCGUCCAGAGGUCGGAUAUUGACUUGAAGGAAAACGCCGAGACGCUGGCUCGGCUCCGUUGGGUCGUCCGCCAAUACCUCGGUAUGAACCAGGCGUAG